AUGAGCUUGGAGGGAAUAUUGAGCGAGGUGCGACAUGAGCGUUUGUUUGGGUGUGUGGAAGUGGAUAUUCAUGUACCAGAUCAUCUCAAAGACAAGUUCAGUGAAAUGUACCCCAUCUUCAAGAACACCGAAAUCAGCCGUGCUGAUAUUGGAGACUUCAUGAAAAGCUACACAGAAGAGCAUAACAUCAUGGCUCAGCCUCCACGCAGUUUGAUUAGGAGUGUGAAAGGAGAAAAAAAUCUUGUUGGCCACACCUUUGCUGAAAUGGUACUUAGAACACGGCUUAGAAGUGACCAGAGUACACCAAGUGGUUGAAUUCACCCCUGAUCCCUGUUUUAAACCUUUUGGAGAUGCUGUGUCUGACGCGAGGAGAGCCGGUGAGGCUGAUCUUAGGAAAGCCACCAUUGCAGAUGCCAUGAAACUUGUAAGUUUUAUUGUUUCAUUUUUUGCGUUAUAGGGGAGGGGAAGUCUAUUUUUUUUCGUAUACAAAUCCUUUUAUUAAAUCUACAUUUUUUCUUUUUUGUUUUUAGGUGGGCAAUUCAGGCUAUGGAAAAACCAUUACCAGCCAACUGAAGCACAGGAACAUGGAAUAUUGUAGUGAUGCUGAAGCUAGCAGGAAAGUCAACACACCUGGA